AUGUGCAGCCGACAGUUCAAGAUUCUGGCCGACCCGAAGAGCGCUUUACUAGACAAGUACAACACCAAAUUCUUAUUUCGGAGCAUGGGCCAAGUACCAUCGGAGAAGGAUUUAAACUCGUGGGUGGACGAGUUUUUUAUGGCGGUUACCGGGAAGGCAAUUGAGGGUUUGACGUUCGAUCAAUUUAUUGAUUUCUAUUGCCGCUAUUGUCAGGGCUUGCCGUCUCUGGGUUCUGUGAUCACCUUAUUUGGUUCAUUUGAUCCAAAGCGGACUGGGUUUCUGAGUAAGGUGGUCUUGAAGCGGGUGUUGCAGAUGGGGGAGACGCCUCUUAGCGAUGAUGAACUGGCCCAAUUCUUCAAGAUCUGCGACAUCGCUAUCCCCUCUAACAAUGAUGAGCAUCCAGACGCAGUAGAUUAUGUACUGCUUGCGAAAUCAAUUCUGGAUCCCCAAACCUUCUUCGAGAACCCGGCAAAAUAG